AGGAGGAGGAGGAGAGAGCGGAGUAUACCGCAGACAUCAUUUCUACUACAGUGGCGGAGCCGGAGCCGUGCAGGACCUGUUUCACUGCGGGGGGAUCCAAAACAAGCCCCUGGGAGCAGCCGCCAGAGCCACCGCCGCAGCAAGACACUGUUUCUCUCCCUCUGCCCCCCCUUCCCCACGCCACCCCAGAUCCAUUUACACUUUACAUGGAUUUUACUUUGGCACUUAACUUCAAUGGCGGUUUGAUGACUAACAUAUUGUGAUACCGGCUCCCUUUGUUUCCUCGUAGAAGAGCAUCGUGCAGCAAGUCACCAAGGUGGUCUAUUCAGGCUGCAGACUCCUUUGUCAUCCUUGUACAGCACACUCCUCCUCAGCCGCUACAGAGAAGUGCGCUACACAUCAGCAUAUUGGAGCAAAAUGAGAGAGUUUAUUUUGAGACCUCCAAAUUAGUGCUGCUCCGGACCAUGAGCAAGAGAGAAAGUGUGGACUUCAGCAUGCACGAAUGGUCUUGAAACACAAGUGGUUUUGGGUCUAGGCAUUUUACACUGAGUUUUCUACUGCCACCCUUUCUACUCAAGCAAAAUCCAUGUGAAAAGAUCUGCUGGGAAGGAGCCAACUACUUACGUUUCUCCAUUGUGAUGAAAGCACAUGGUACAGUUUUCCAAAGAAGUUAGUUCGUUUUCUGGGGCAGAGGAACCACCCUGCUGUUUUCGUACGGUUUUCCUCACGUCUCUGUGAAAGGGGGAAGAACACGCCUGAGCCCAGGAGCGCUCCAGCUUCUCGUGGGACGUCUCCAUGGUGAAGGAAGGCUGGGGCUGCCGGUGAACCGCGCACAGUGAAUGUUAUUCCAGAGCUGCUGCUGGCGGACCGCACCCACGGGGAGAUGAUUCCUCAUGAAGAGCCUGGAUCCCCUACAGAAAUCAAAUGUGACUUUCCGUUUAUCAGACUAAAACCAGAGCCAGCCAGCCAGUGAAGCAGUCACCGUGGAGGGGGGACGGCGAAAAAUGAAAUCCAACCAAGAGCGGAGCAACGAAUGCCUGCCGCCCAAGAAGCGCGAGAUCCCCGCCACCAGCCGGCCUUCGGAGGAGAAGGCGGCCGCCGUCCUGCCCAGCGACAACCACCGGGCGGAGGGCGUGGCAUGGCUCCCGGGCACCCUCGGUGGCCGAGGCCACGGCCACGGGGGCGGAAGGCAUGGCCCGGCGGCGGCGGCGGCGGCGGCGGCGGCGGCGGCGGCGGGGACCUCGGCGGAGCUUGGUUUACAACAGGGAAUAGGUUUACACAAAGCGCUGCCCGCGGGCCUGGACUACUCCCCGCCCAGCGCGCCCAGGUCCGUGCCGGCCGCCACCACGCUGCCCGCGGCGUACCCUCCCCCGCAGUCCGGGACCCCGGUGUCGCCCGUGCAGUACGCGCACCUGCCGCACACGUUCCAGUUCAUCGGGUCCUCCCAGUACGGCGGGCCCUACGCGGGGUUCAUCCCCUCCCAGCUGAUCUCCCCCACGGCCAGCCCCGCCACCAGCGCGGUGGCCUCCUCUGCCACCGGGGGCAUCUCCACUCCAUCCCAGCGCUCCCAGCUGGAGGCCUAUUCCACCCUGCUGGCCAGCAUGGGUGGCCUGAGCCACGCCUCGGGACACAAGGCUGAGCAGCAGCAGCAGCAGCAGCAGCAACAGCAACAGCACUUGGGCAGGACUCCAGGGCUCAUGGCUCCGGGGUCCCCACCACCCGCCCCACAGAACCAGUAUGUCCACAUCGCCAGCUCCCCGCACAACGCAGCAGGGCGCACGGCCUCCCCGCCGGCCAUCCCCGUCCACCUCCACCCCCACCAGACGAUGAUCCCACACGCCAUCACCCUGGGGCCCUCCCCCCAGGUCCUAGUGCAAUACACCGACUCCUCCGGCAGCCACUUUCUUCCUCGGGAGGCCACCAAGAAAGCCGCCGAGAGCAGCAGGCUGCAGCAGGCCAUGCAGGCCAAGGAGAUCCUCAACGGGGAGCUGGAGAAGGGCCGGCGCUACGGGCCCCCCACCUCGGCCGACCUGGGCUUGGGGAAGGCCGGCAGCAAGUCGGCGUCUCACCCCUACGAGUCCAGGCACGUGGUCAUGCAUCCCAGCCCCUCCGACUACGGGAGCCGGGACUCCUCGGGGGUCCGGGCCUCUGUGAUGGUCCUGCCCAACAGCAACACCCCCGUCUCCGACCUGGACGUGCAGCAGCAGCAGGUCACGCACCGCGAGGCCUCCCCCUCCACCCUCAACGACAAAAGCGGCCUGCAUUUAGGGAAGCCGGGGCACCGGUCCUACGCGCUCUCGCCCCAACAGGCCCUGGGCCCCGAAGGCGUGAAGGCCGCCGCUGUGGCCACGCUGUCCCCCCACACGGUCAUUCAGACCACACACAGCGCCUCGGAGCCGCUCCCAGUGGGGCUGCCGGCCACCGCCUUCUACGCAGGGACCCAGCCGCCCGUCAUCGGCUACCUGAGCGGCCAGCAGCAGGCCAUCACCUACGCCGGCGGCCUGCCCCAGCACCUGGUCAUCCCCGGCACCCAGCCCCUGCUCAUCCCGGUGGGCGGCACCGACGUGGAGGGCGCGGGGGCCGCCUCUGCAAUAGCCACGUCGUCGCCCCAGUUUGCAGCAGUGCCUCACACGUUCGUCUCCACCGCCCUCCCCAAGAGCGAGAACUUCGGCCCCCCCGAGGCCCUGGUCACCCAGGCUGCCUACCCGGCCAUGGUGCAGGCCCAGAUCCACCUGCCCGUGGUGCAGUCCCUGGCGUCCCCGGCCGCCGUGCCCCCGGCGCUGCCCCCCUACUUCAUGAAAGGCUCCAUCAUCCAGCUGGCCAACGGGGAGCUGAAGAAGGUGGAGGACCUGAAGACGGAGGACUUCAUUCAGAGCGCGGAGAUCAGCAACGACCUGAAGAUCGACUCCAGCACUGUGGAGAGGAUCGAGGACAGCCACAGCCCGGGCAUCGCAGUGAUCCAGUUCGCCGUCGGGGAGCACCGGGCACAGGUCAGCGUGGAGGUUUUGGUAGAGUACCCUUUUUUUGUGUUUGGACAGGGCUGGUCGUCCUGCUGUCCAGAGCGAACCAGCCAGCUCUUCGACCUGCCGUGUUCCAAGCUCUCCGUGGGGGAUGUCUGCAUCUCGCUGACCCUCAAGAGCCUGAAGAACGGCUCGGUGAAGAAGGGCCAGCCCGUAGACCCCGCCAGCGUCCUGCUGAAGCACGCCAAGGCCGAGGCCCUCGCGGGCGGCAGGCACCGGUACGCGGAGCAGGAGAACGGCCUCCACCAGGGCGGCGCCCCGAUGCUCCCCGAAAACGGGGAACUGAAGUUUCCGGAGAAGAUGGGGUUGCCCACAGCGCCCUUGCCCCCAAAAAUAGAACCCGGCAAGCCCGCGGCCACCGCGAGGAAGAGGAGGUGGUCGGCGCCGGAGAGCCGCAAACUGGAGAAGUCGGAAGACGAGCCGCCCUUGACUCUGCCCAGGCCCUCUCUAAUUCCUCAGGAGGUUAAGAUCUGCAUCGAGGGCCGGUCCAACGUGGGCAAGUAGCGGCUGCGGCGGCGGCAGCGUGGGGGAAAGGAGCCCGGCCCUCCCUUUAUCAUUUAUAUCCAGAUUACUGUACUGUAGGCUGAAUAACACAGUAUUUACAUGGUAUCCUCUUCCUUUAGGUUUCUGUUAUGACCUUGUCGAUAGAGUUGCAGCCGGUGUUGCGCAGGAGACGGUGCAUAUGCUUUUUUCCACGCGUGUCUGUCCGCGGGCGCCUGGUGGGGAUGAAUGGGGCUUUAGCUGCCUUUCCCAGCAGCGCGGGGAGCAUCCGCUGGGCACUGACUGCUGCUGGUUUCGGGAGGAAGUUAGCGAGAAGGGGAUUGCAGGGGUGUGUGUGUGAGUGUUGGGGGGGAAGGGGCGGGGCAGGGAGCAGGGGUGCCACAGCACGCGAGGGUCUUCUUCUCUCCGCCUCCCCCUGCCUCACGUUCUCAGCACGGGGCUGGAGCUCCAGAGACGCGUCCUCAGGAGGUCUCCUGUACAAAAGAAAUAUCAGGAACCCAGCCUCAGGGCAUCCUUGAGAGGAUGGAAAGCUAACCCUGUAAAAGAACAUUAUUCCCCCCCAACCCCCAACAUAUUUUACAAUAAAAGCAACUUUUAAUCAUAGAGAUAUGUAUUUCCCCCUAUGGGGCCUGACUGCACUGAUUUUUUUUUUUUUUUUUCCUAAGAGCAACUGCCACACGUGGGAUUUCGUUUCUGCUUCGCUAGUCCAGUGCUGCCUCGGGGUGUCUGGUGGGCAGGCCGCCCCUGCUGCAGGGCUCCCUGAGGGUGCGGGGCGGCGGGGCCCACCCUGGUCCUGUGCAGUGUUAGGAAAACCAAUCAGGUGGUCGCGUUGACUUCCUCCCAAGAGGCAGAGGGAGCUGCCCUUCAGAGAGCUGCGGAAGCUCUUCACCGUGGGUUUGCAAAUCUUUUUGUCUUUUAACUCUAGUACUGUUUAUAGUUCAUGGCUAUGGACAACUCGGGUGCCACUUUUUUUUCAGAUUCCAGUGUGACGUGAGGAAUUGAAUUUUGAAGAUGAGCAUAUCUAUUGCUAUCUCUAAGCACUUAAAAUGCUGUUCACACUUUAUUACCAAGCAUCUUGGUCUAGCAUUCAACAAGUACUGUAUCUCACUUUAAAGUCUUUGGGAAGAAGAAAAAAACAAAAAAACUAAGUUGCUAUCUUUUUUUGACACUGUAACUGCAUUUCAGUUCUGCAGAGUUUCUCACGUCAAGAUAUUGACAGUUUCAAUGUGGUUUAAAAGGAUGAAUGUGAAUCAUGAACCAGUUAUGUGACAAUGAAUGACCACCCAGUGCAGCCUGGCGGGAAGGCACUUUCACUUUGAUGUUUGAGAAGGGAUUAAAGGCAUAUGCAGAGCUGGCAGAGAAACCGAGAGAAAAGGGAUGGAAAAAAGAAUACUCAUUUUUGUCCAGUGUUUUUUUCUUUUUAUGACGAACUUUUUAAAGAACCUUGCGAUUUGCACAUCUUGAGUUCAUAAUUUGUGUGAUAUUCCUGCAGUUUUUAUCCAAUAACAUUGUGGGAUAGGUUUGGGGGACUGAACGAGCAUAAAUAAAUGUAGCAGAAUUUCUUUCUAACCUGCCUAAACUCUAGGCCAUUUUAUAAAGUUAUGUUCCUUUCAAAAUUUAUUUUGGUCUUUCUACCACAUCUGUCACAAAAACCAGGUCUUUGGCAGGACAACUCUGAAAUUUUCUUCAGAUUCAUUGAGAGAGUUAUCCAUAGAGACAUUUAUAUAUGUGAGCAAAUUUUUUUUAAAAACCUCAUUGUUGUUGUUACUGUUUUUUCAGAAUGACUUUUUUUUUUUUCAUCUGAAAUCAAAUCAAGAUUUGGUGUUUGGUACAAACCCAGAAAGGUAUUUCAGAAUUUAAACCUUUCAUUCCCAGAGAAGUGAAAUAUUGUUUGUGGGUUAUCAGUUUGCAUCUCAAAGUGCUUUUAAAAAAAAAGUUUUAUAAGUAGGAAGAAAUUUUUAAUAUUCGUACUUGGAAUGGCUGCAGCUAAUCUGAACAAAAACUUCUGAUUUUCCUGUUCUCAUUGAGAAAUAAUACUUUUCCCAUUUCACAAAUUUAAGAAGUCCUAUUUCAACCCACAUUUUGGCUAUCUAGUGUUCCUGCACAUUUUGUCCUCACCAGGACUAAUGAGCUUAUAAACCAUUUUCUGGAAUGUACCAAAAACAUUUGAAUAGGUAUAGAAUAGCUAGAGCCGGUCCUUGACUCCGAAUUUCACCACCCUUCCUGCAUGCUCGCAGAGAGCUGGGUGGGCCCAUUCUCGCAGUCAUAAUGCUCCUUUAGUGCUGUAUUUUUUUAAAGCGUUUCUGUCCAGAGAACUUGCUUAAUCUUCCAUAUAUUCUGCUCAGGGCACUUGCAAUUACUAGGUUUUAUUUUUCUUUUUCUUUUAUAACCUUUGGUGGCAAGAGGAAUACGGGGCUGCCACAUCGACUUUGUCCUCAUUGGCGCCACUCACGUGGACUCAGAAAGACACACACCACCAUUUGGCUUACUUCGAGCAUGGAACUAACUGGACCCACACCACCAACACUGAAGUGGGAAAAUAUACAUGGUUGGAGCAAUAGGAAUGUCGUCAUCAUUUUUGUGCUUCUAUUUCAGGUAUAGGAAUUAUAAGAGGAUUGGUUCUUUCUCAGCAUUGUCCCAUUUCGCUCUCCUGCUUUUUCAGCAUGUGCAAUACUUUCCACGCCAAUAGAAUCUGAUCCGUGUGCUCUAGUUAAAGCUCACACCCUUUUGGCUUUCUCCUUGUUUGGAGGGGAGGAGCUGAAAGGGGAGAGCCCCCCCCCCCCCCCUGCUGCAAGCUCCCCCUGCUGCUGUGGAUGCUGAGUGCUGGGCGGGAGCCUUCAGGAGCCCAGGUGUCUGUCGCCAUGUUGCAGAAAGAUCAAGCAAAGGAGAUCUAGGGGACCAGCUGCGGUACCGCUGUCACCACGAUGAAUAGUGAAUGUGGAGUGUGUAGAGGAAGGAGGCAGAGUCAUUUCUAAGGCGAACGCUGGAGCCAUAGAGCCAGCAUCAACCCAUUUUCCACACCCUUUCCCGCAAGGGGGCAGGCCCCUCCUCAGGUCUGUGUCCUUGAGACUUUGAGCUGUGCCUCUGAGCCCGCAGGAAGUGACAUGUGUGUGAACUGUGAGCGGCUGUGGAGGGGCCACCUGCCAGCACCGCUCACUCUCCUCUGUGGCAGCUUUCUCUUCGAAUAGGAAGAACAUCCAGGGGACAGGGAGCCGCCUCCUGUUUGCAGACCUUGCUGAAGGGAGGCUCCCAGAGCAGCCUUUGCCACCACUCCUGUGUAGCAGACCUGGCAGCGAUAGGCGUAGACAUUCUCCAGUGCCCUGCAGCUCACGAGAAUCAGCCUUGUGCCUCUGUACCCUGUCCACUUUGCAAUAUUUGCUGACACUGUAUUUAGUUCUUUCUUUCCUGUUUCCCACUUUUAAACUAAUAACAGCAGGCCUUUUUGCAUUUACAAUGGAACACAAUCACCAAGAAAUUAGGGUGAAAAAGAAAAAAAAAAAUAUAUAUAUAUAUAUAUAUAAUAAGAAACCAACAAACAAGAACCUCUCUUUCUAGGGAUUUCUAAAUGCAGAAAAUGACUGUUCCUUCGAAUGUUUAACUUGAGAAUUAUUUCAGUUUGUCUGGGCCACACUGGGUUGCAGAUAAAGAGAUGGGUGCCACUUACCUCAAACCUUUUGAAGUGGAAAUCCAAAUUGCAUUUUCAUUGGGACUUUCAGGAUAAUUUCCUAUGUCAAUCAACUUUUUUUUUUGUUUUGUUUUCCCCAACUCGCCCCGUUUGGUGUGGGAUGAUUUGAUUUUCUUCACUGCUGUCGUUGAUGCCUCUCUUAACUCUGCAUUGUGACCCUCUGUGUUUUGUUGGGUGAGUGUGUUGGGUUGCCCCCGCAGGAAGUGGCAGCAGCUUCCCCCCUCCCCUUUCCCCCAGGAAAGCUGCGGAACCUUUCACACCUCUUACUCAGGGACGGGCUGGCGUGUGUGUGGCACACUGAUGUGCCCGGAGCAGCACUUUGACUGCUCUGGAGUAGGGCUGUACAACUUCGAGGAAUGUUUGGAUUUCCUGCACCUUGUGGAUUACUCCUUAGAUCCUGCAUAGAUUGCAAUAUGAUGCUGCAUGUUUGUGAGGAACAGCAGCUCCUAGUAAUCAUAAAUCCACUCUUUGCACAUAGUUUGAUCUUUACUGAAAUAUGUUGCCAAAAUUUCUUUUUGUUGUUGUAGCUUUGGAACUUUUUGUUGUUGUUUUUUUUUUAAGGAAACAAUUGACAAUACCCUUUAACAUCUGUGACUACUAAGGAAACCUAUUUCUUUCAUAGAAAAAUCUCAAUGCUUUCAAAGACACUAAUGCCACGCAAUUUGGGUGAAGAAGCAGAGCUCUUGGGAUAGAAGGCCAGGCUUUUUGAGCUGUGUUGGUUGCCAUGGCGACCGUUUCAUGUACCACAAGCAGCUCAACAAACUGUGGCCUGUUCUCCCCUAACCCUUUGCACUUCCUGUUUUCUGGUCACCGUGACGAUUCCAGGUGACAACAGGGCCGCCCGUCUCCCUGGCCCGACCCAGCUUCUUUGGUGGAUAUGAAAGAAAAGGGAAUUAUGCUUUUUGUAUUCUUUAGAGUGGAGUGAAGGUCUUUGCUUCCACUUUUGUGUUUUCAACCCAGAAUUUCUGAAAUGGAGAAUUUAAGACAUCAAGUAAUAACUAUACAGAGAAUAUACUUUUUAUAAAGCACAUGCAUAUGCUAUUGUGUUGGGUUGGUUUCCUCUUUUCCACGGACAGUGUUGUGUUUCUGUUGAUAGGGAAACUCCAAACGAUUUGCACACCUCUACUCUGGAGCCGAGACUUCUACAGAGAUGACCUCGCUUCAAAUGUUACUUACUGAUGGGAUCUUUUCUUGUAGCACUAGACCUUGUGGGAAUUUCCUUUUUUUUUUUUUUUUUUUUCUUCCUUCUUUAUAAUGUACACCUAACCUGAGAAGCUGAAGAAAAGAAAUUUUUGAGGCACUCACUUUGAGGAGUACAGGUAAUGUUUUAAAAAAAAAAAAAUUGCACAAAAGAAAAAUGAAUGUCGAAACGAUUCAUUCAGUGUUUGAAAAAUAUGGAUCUGUUGAAACAAUGAGUUUCAUACCUUGUUUGUAAAAAAAAAAAAAAAAAAGAAGAAGCAUAAAGGUUGAAAGUUACAUGUUUUUCUUUGUAUAUAGAAAUCCGUUGUGUCUAAAUGAUCAGCUGUGUAUGGUUACGGCCUGGAAGAAUUAUUGCGUCAAAGGCUCUUCAACUAUUACCUAUGCUUCGUUUCUGUUUUCGUUACAUAGAGCCCUCCUUCUAAGAGAGGGCAACUCUGCAUUCUGCAGUUUGAGAAUACUGUUCAUUCCUGUGCUGAAAGUACUUCUCUGAGCUCCCUUCUUAGUUUAAACUCUUAAGCCAAUGCAGCUCCUUUUCCUUCAGAAAUGAUAUUUUGACAUUUUCAGCACUUCCUGUUCCAAUAAACCCAAAGAAUAUAAUCCUGAACAAGAAGUGUUUGUAACAAGGGAUCCUAGCUACCAAUAAAACAGGACUCAUUGUGAGGACAAAAAAAUAAAUAAAAAAAUGUUCGGCCUUCUUCCCCCCCACACCUCAUUUAAAUGGGGGGGAGGCAAAACACGAAAUCCAAUUCAAACGCCUCGUUUCACUUCAGUUAAACUUUUUCUUUAUAUUGAGGCCAAAAUAAACGUGGGACAACUUCUUAGAAAAGUCGUAUCCUGUCCAAAAACCAAGCCAGCCAGCGGAUACUGGACAGCUGUGGGGAUAUUGAGCAAACCCACCUACAGUUCUUACCUGCAGAAGCUCAGCUGCCCUCUUGCUGUUAAUGGCAACAUUUCUGGGAGCUGACGUUCACUUGUACCAUGGCAGGAGGGAAUUGGUGGCCUCCGUGUUUCAAUUUCUUGUGUCCUCUUGACUUGUAUACAAACGGUUCAGCUAUAUUAAAAUUAAGUGCAUUUGGCCAAUAGGUAGUAUCUAUAUAAUAACAGUCUCUAAGAAUUUCCGUAACUUUUCUUAACCUGAAAGGACUCGAGUCUUCCACUGCAGAUAAUUGGAGACUUUGCCCAAGUUUUCUUUCCCUUUAGUUUGUUCGUUUACUGUCUGGAUGGCCAACGAGCCUGUCUCCUUUUCCAUGGCCGGUCUGAAGACCUGUGUGGGAAGCAUUGUUUACAGUCAUCUUCGCUGAGACUGUUCUCUGGACUAUCAGGGCUGAGGCGACGCUACCUUGGAGCUAUUGUCUUUUAAAAAGCAGGUACCAAGCAGCCAGGUGCGUAGGUUUCCUCUGGUUCUCACAUGAACCACCUGCUCUUAAGGUAUGAUUUGGCCCAGGAGUGGGACAGACCCUUCAGUCCGUGACCAUUCGAUGUGACACCUGUGCGUUGGGUUCUGUGCAUACUGCCCUUUCGGCCUUGGGGGGAGGUUUCCUCAUCCCCGGCCACCACUGCUCACCUGUAGAUCCAAAUCGGUGUCAGCUGACGGGAGGUUUCAGGACAGUCCCGGUCUCCGUGGUGGCCUUCAGUGACCACAGUGUCCUCACUUCUAGCCAGUGGGGUCCCGGCCCAGAGCCAUCUCUGAAAUCCGUUCCUCUGGAUGUGUUACUAUCUGAUCAUUCAAACUUCCAGCCGUAUGCCUCCCACCGGCCAAGGGAAAGGAGAUGCCAGAACGGUGGGCACUAUCAGACUGACAUGGCCAGUACAGAGGAAAACUAGGGAAGGAGUGAUGAUUUGCACCUUAUCGAAAAGAAAAUAUUACGUGCAUACAUAGUUAAGAGCUUUUAUUGUGACAGGAGAACUUUUUUCCAUAUGCGUGCAUACUCUCUGUAAUUCCAGUGUAAAAUAUUGUACUUGCACUAGCUUUUUUAAAACAAAUAUUAAAAAAAAAGGAAGAAUUCAUAUUCUAUUUUCUAAUCGUGGUGUGUCUAUUUGUAGGAUACACUCGAGUCUGUUUAUUGAAUUUUAUGGUCCCUUUCUUUGAUGGUGCUUGCAGGUUUUCUAGGUAGAAAUUAUUUCAUUAUUAUAAUAAAACAAUGUUUGAUUCAAAAUUUGAACAAAAUUGUUUUAAAUAAAUUGUCUGUAUACCAGUACAAGUUUAUUGUUUCAGUAUACUCGUACUAAUAAAAAUAACAGUGCCAAUUGCAAA